AUGUGGGUAGGUACAACGGCUUCAAGAGUGAGGAAUUUUAUGAGGAUCAACCCUCCAAAAUUUUAUGGCUCCAAAUUUGAGGAGGACCCUCAAGAGUUUAUUGAUGAGGUCUAUAAGGUAUUUGAUAUCAUGGGAGUGAAUCCAGGAGAGAAGGCAGAAUUGACCGCUUACAAAUUGAAAGGUGUUUCUCAAGUGUGGAAGAGUGGUCACAAAAUGAGGGAUUUCCCCAUGCUUGCAGCAAAAGGGAGAGAGGGAAAGCAAGUUCCUCCUAGUGGGUCGAACUCCAAUGCUCUGAAGCAAAACCGCUUUUAUGCUCUCCAAACACGUAGUGACCAAGAGAGUUCUCUGGAUGUAGUUACGGUAAGGGUGAGGGAUGUCGAUUCUGAUACCCUUUCUCUUGAGUCGGUCCCCAUUGUCAAUGAGUUUCCGGAAGUGUUCCCCGAUGAUUUACCUGGUAUUACUCCCGAAAUGGUCCUGGCUGAGUUAAAGGAGUUGAAAGAACAUUUAAAGGAUUUGUUGGAUAAGAGCUUCAUCCGACCGAGUGUCUCUCCAUGGGGUGCUCCAGUGUUGUUCGUUAGGAAGAAGGAUGAUCCUCUUCGUAUGCGCAUUGAUUAUAGACAGUUGAACAAUAUGACUAUCAAGAACAAAUAUCCUCUUUGA